AUGCAGCGUUCUGAGGACAAGGUUGUCACACAAAUGCUCGUCUGGACCGGAAGCGGUUACUGGGGAGGUCCUACUCGGCGACUCGUGAGAGGGCAGAAGAGCGCCAGCAACCAAGCGAGAGUGUGCCAAUGCGCAGUGGAGGAGAAGCGCGAGGUUGAAGCUGACAUAACAGAGGCGCUUCGCGGGUUGAAAUCACAGGAAAUGGGCGAGGUCGAGCGGCUCUCGUACGACUUUGUCGCUGUUCGCGGCGCGUCGAGUAUGGAUCCGUCCGACUCGCAACCGCAGAGCAGCGGGGCCUCCAAGUCUAGCACGACAGCUGCACCUGCGCAGAAACAGCCCGGCUGCGAUGUCAAGCCGCGCCUCACCAAAGACCAGCACGAUGUUCUCGAGCAGCACUUCUUGGCGCAGCACAAGCCGAGCACCAACGUGAAGAAGGACUUCGCCCUGAAGCUGGGCGUGCCGUUGGACAAGAUCAAUAACUGGUUUCAGAACCGCAGAGCCAAGGUCAAGCAGGAUCGCAAGAAGAUGAUGAACCAGUACAACAUGCAAGUGGGCGUGUCGUACGGGCACCCGCAUAUGCCAGUCAUGCCCAGCCAAUUCACGCACCAUCAAGAGCAACAACACGCGCAAAUACCCAUGCAUCAAGACUUCUACCCUAGGACCGCUGACGUCAGCCCUCCAAGCCUCCCCGUCCAAAGCGCCGAAGGGCCGUCAGCCCUAGACCUAGGCCCCCAGAUCUCACUGCAGCAGCAGUACGACAUGCAGCAUUCUCUGCGAUCGAUCCCAGAGGCUGACCGGACUACAUCCUAUCAUCCAAAUGCCGUCAUGCACUCUAUCAUGGCUGCAACCAACGGGGCUUACAUGCACAACAAUGGCAUGCCCAUCAACGCGCAAGAACCAGCCUUCUCAUACGACACAAGCGGACUACCCGAUGCCUAUUCGAAUGACCUGGCUUUCAACGGAUCCUUGUCCAACGACCUCGCACCGUCACACCCGGCCUUUACCUUUGCCGACUUCGGAAUCGAUUACUCCACGCUCACUGCUACCGAAACCAACACCUCAAGCUCAGCUGAUGUCCAUCACAGCACAGGGUCCAUUUCUUCAGAGCCGUCACCCUUCUCUGGUGGCCAAUCCACUGGAGCUACCCAGUCGCCCAACGGCCCAACUCCUCCUUCAGUCCCGUCAGUCACUUCUCUUUAUACUGGGUGGACAGAGGAUCAAACUCAAGUAGCGCAACCCAAGCAGGAUGACGAGGUUAAUGACCAGUUUGCCACACCUUACACACUCACCCAGGCGUCCGCUUCGGAGCAGACACUUCCAUUCUGGGGUCAAGAUCCACGCACUCAGGCCUUCCCACAGUCGAGUUUCUAUCAGCAGCAGAACCUAUCUGCGCAGGCCGUCUUUUCCUCGCCUGGGCAAGACCAUGCACGGAAGCUCAGUGCGGCUCCUUCAGACUUCGACUUCCCUCCAGUUUUCCAUGAGGAUGCGUAUGCGCGAAGGAACUCUUCAACGAGCAAUCUAGCGAACAAUAUGGACGCAAUACACAUCCGAAACGGCACGCCAGAUGAGUUCAAACAGCCCAAUCAGCCUUCUAGUAUUGCUGCGAGAAGACAGAAGCGACCAGUUGCUUUGAACUCAACGGCAAUUAGGAGUGCGUCUUACUCUGCUCCGAUGCCUUCUCCUGGUGGCAACAACGAUCAUGCUUUACGAAGAAUUCGUUCAAGUGGAAUUGGGAAUGCUGCGGGUCGUAUCCAGAAAUCUCAGCCAGGCUCAGCACAACGCUCGCCUAUGGCAAUGAGCUUCUCGGACGCUGCUGCUUCGCCCAAGUUUGCAAGAACGUUUUCCUCUUCGAGUGCUACUACCAUUGGACAGGGCGGUAGUCUAGCACCGCCAACCCCACUCACUCCUCAGGAUUUCGGAAACUAUUGGCAGAGUAGUACCGUCAUCAGGCCACAUUCGGUUAUGCCUGAGCACAACAGUCCAGAAAGCAUGCACACUUGCUGGUCUGUUGACCAACCUGGAACUUUACUUGGGAAGAGCAACUCCCCGCAGUCUACGUCUUUAGACUUGCAGGCACGAUUUGCCAAUGACGCUAUGUAUCGCGACACGCCUCCGCAGUCAGCACCUGCCACACAGCAAACCUUUCCAAGGACCGCGUACACGCACCGUCCCCAGAUGCGAGCGGGCUUCCACUCAACUACCGACCUCACCAUAGAGCAGCCCAAGCCAUCACACUUCCGGAGACCUUCGCUUCCGGAUACUGCGCAAACUCAAGUUGAAGAGGGCAACAUGCAGUAUCUUCAGAGCGGCAACAUCAACUACAAUGACUACAAAGACAUUUCACUGAAUAGCAUCCACCACAACAUUCCCUUUGCUCCGCCGGUCUCGUCCAUGCCAGAUUUUCUUGUCCAUCAGUACACACCACCAGACGGCACAGAUCCGCAUGGCAAUCUCAUACGACGAGCGACAGAAGCCCAACCUAAAAGCUUCAUCUUUGCGAAUCAAGGGCCUAGCGACUUCAGGGCACAAUAG